GAUUUUCCCACUCAAUCCAUCUCCGGCCAAAACCUCACUCGCCAUUUUUCGAGUUUAAACAACCAAACGAAAGAGCUUGCAAUCGCGCUUUCCCCGCAUCGCAUCGCAUCGCCGCUUCUCGUCGCACUCGCCCUCGCCCGCUUCCUCUCGCUGCCUCCCAGUGUCGUCGCUCUCUGCCCCCGCCAAGUCGCCGCCUGUCAAAGCCGCUCCGCCUGCUGAAUCGGCAUUGUUGAGCGCUGGCCAACACCUUUUCAUUUUUUUCUUUUUUUUUUCUUCUAUGAUCACAACCACCACAUCGACGAACAAUCACAUGCACAGCAUCGCCGCUCUCAGCAACAGCACCAUCGGCAACAGCAUCCCGACAAGCCAGCACAGCAGCAGCACCUCCGCCCUGAGCCAGCAGCAGCAGCAGCAGCAACAGCAGCAGUUUAGCAUGGCGUCGUCAAGCUUUGGUUAUCAACUGGCACCACUGGCCAUGUUCCACGCCGGCGGCUGUCCUCCUCACCCGCAGCACCACCCACAGCACCACGCGCAGCACCAUCUCACACAGCAACAGCACCAGCAGCAGCCACAGCAGCCACAACAGCAGCAACAGCAGCAACAGCAGCAGCCGACUGGCGGUUUGUCCGCAUCUGGACCGAGUCCCAGCAAUUCGCAGCCGUUUGCUACCAUGUAUUCGCAGCCACCCCCUUCCUCCGCCCUUGCUCACCACCCUGCAGUGCCGAUGCCGCUGCCGCUGCCUGCCUAUUACAACAACAGCUGCAGCACUGCGGCGGCAGCAACAGCAUCCACUCCGACGCCGACGCCGUCGCCAGCAAACCCAGCAGCAGCGAGCGCACUGACUCCAUCGCUGUCGGCAUCAUCAGUGCUGCAAUUAGGCGCCGCCGCCGCCGACUGCUCAAGCACCAGCAAUGUUCUCAUGUACCCGCCCCAUGCGCAUCCGCAUGCACUCCAUCUGCAGCAGCAGCAGCAGCAGCAGCAGCAGCGCUCAAGCACGGGUGGCGCUGCAAACACGGCGCACCAGCUGCAACAGCACUUACCCUUGAUGCUCAGCACGACGCCGCUCUCGUCCUUGUCCUCGUCGUCGUCGUCGUCGUCGUCCAUGGAGCUUCCUCACCGCCGCCGUAGCAGCGCGUCAUCCACUUCGUCCUUGACGCCAUUCCUGCAGCCGGGACAGGGACAGGGACAAGUGCAAGGACAGGGACAGAACUUUUUCUCGUCGCAGAGCUUUCCGAGCCACGCCACGCCCGGAUUUAACGCCCAGCAGCACAUCCAGCACCACUACCUGCUGUCUGCCUCGUCCACGUCGGGCUCUCCUCCUCCAUCUGCAAGUGCAUCGCACCAGCCAAGUGCCACACCGAUGCCCCAGCCACAUCACCAGUUUUAUAGCAAUGGCAACGCGUUGUCCGAAGGCCAGCUGUAUUGGGGCAACCCGACUUCUUCGCAUACGCCGUACCCAUCCUCGGGUCCGAUGCUGCUGCAGCCGCAAAUGAUGCUACAGCAGCAGGUUGCCUGCCAUCAAGCGGCGUACCCGCAGCAACAGCAACAGCAACAGCAACAGCAGCAGCAACAGCAACAGCAACAGCAACAGCAACAGCAACAGCAGCCACCGCUGCCACAACAGCUGCAGCUGCUGCAGCCGCCUCAACACCUUCAGCACAAACUUACUGGUGCCAUCCCGGAGGAAGAGCUGUACAACGCCACGCAAAAGGAUCACGACGAAGAGGACGAAGAAGACGAAGACGAAGACGGCGAGUAUCACGAAGACGACGACGACGACGACGACGAUGGCGACGAUCCUCGUUCAAAGAGGCAGCAAGCCUUCAAGCGCUCGACGUCAAACCGCUCUUCGUCGCAGUGGAAUGGAAAGCAAGCCCAUCAUUCACAUCAGCGCGUGCGUACAAACCCCAAUUCGCACAUUCCUCCAAUGAUUACGGAGGAGGCAUGCCAGGGCUUGUCUGCGGAAGCGAUCGUUCGCCAGUACCGUCGUGUGGCCAGCAACGGACAGCGCCUUUGCCCAGUGUGCUCGCUCGGCUUUCGCCGCAUGGACCGCCUGGUUGGGCAUGUGCGCAAACACACCCACGAAACUCCGUUUGUCUGCGCCGUCUGCGAGCGCGCCUUCAAGGAGUCGGUGGCCUUGCAAAAGCACAUGCGCGCGCACAGCGACAACCGCCCCUACGAGUGCGAUGUCUGCGGCAAGUGCUUCAAGCUUCCCCACCACCUGACGCGCCACCAGCGCCAAAUUCAUGCACUUCCUUCCCGGCGCGAGGCGAACCGGAUGCGUGCAUCGUCCCUGUCAGACCCUGAGGUCCAGUCUCUCCAGCGACAACACCGCACAGAGCUGGUCAAGCUGCAGCGCGAGCAAGAGAAGCAACUCGCCACAGUCAUCCGGGCCAGGACGGAUGCAACGCCGGGCUCCACGUCCCCAUCCACGCUCCGCCCCACGCCGCCCGCACCGCACGGGCUGACUCCGGCGUUCGGCUUUGCGAUUGCAGCCGAAAUGGAAUCCCUGCAGUCGCAGCGCGAUGCAACGCUCCAGAUUCUCACUUCGUCGCCUCAGCGCCCGACUGCCGCCACGGCCCCAGUCGCCUGGGGCCAGCCCACUGCUGCCAGCCACGGCAGCCCGCCCUUCGAUCCGGCCGUGAUGACCAUCACAGGGGCCCGCAGUAAUGUCUGGUGCGCCUCGCCAUCGGCAACCAGCGUGUCGUCCUUUGCCAGCACUCCCUCUCGCCGGUCCUCCUCCGCCAUGAGCGAUCGCUUGCCAGGGAUGACUGUCACUUCCCCCAUCCAUGUUACCUUUGCGGCCGGCACGCCAUUUCAUCUUCGCACGGCCGAGCCCGUCUUCAACCUCGCGGCAAAGUCCCGUUUCCAGGACCCCUCCCUGGUGUAA